GCGGCGGCGGCCGCGGAGCGGGGGUGGGGCGGCGCCGUCUGGCUGGUCAGGCCCGGACGCGAGCGCAGCGUGGUACGGUGGGCCCGUGGCCUGCAGACGGGGCCUGGCUGCCGGGAGAGUCCUUAUGAUUUCACAUAUUUUUCCUGAACAUGUAAAAGAGGCACUUGGAUGAUGGAUUAACAAGAACAUUGAAAUUCUGCAGAAAGUUUCAAACCGGAGAGUAUUGACUUUUCACCCUAGUCCAGCAGCUCUGCUGCUCACUUAAAUACAGAUGAAUGAAGACUCCAUUCGGGAAGACACCUGGUCAGCGGUCCAGGGCUGAUGCAGGCCAUGCUGGUGUGUCUGCAAGCAUGAUGAAGAAGAGGACAUCCCACAAAAAGCAUCGGAGCAGUGUUGGGCCAAGCAAACCUGUUUCCCAGCCCCGGCGGAAUAUCGUAGGCUGCAGGAUUCAGCAUGGGUGGAAGGAAGGGAGUGGCCCUGUCACCCAGUGGAAAGGAACCGUUCUGGACCAGGUGCCUGUAAAUCCUUCUUUGUAUCUUAUAAAAUACGAUGGAUUUGAUGUUUAUGGACUAGAACUUAAUAAAGAUGAAAGAGUUUCUGCGCUUGAAGUCCUCCCUGAUAGAGUUGCAACUUCCCGAAUCAGCGACGCACACUUAGCUGACACGAUGAUUGGCAAGGCGGUGGAGCACAUGUUUGAGACCGAGGAUGGCUCCAAGGACGAGUGGAGGGGAAUGGUCCUAGCACGCGCCCCUAUAAUGAACACAUGGUUUUACAUUACCUAUGAAAAAGAUCCUGUUUUGUACAUGUACCAGCUCUUAGAUGAUUAUAAAGAAGGUGACCUGCGCAUUAUGCCUGAUUCUAAUGAUUCACCUCCAGCAGAAAGGGAACCAGGAGAAGUUGUGGACAGCCUGGUAGGCAAACAAGUGGAAUAUGCCAAAGAAGAUGGCUCUAAAAGGACUGGCAUGGUCAUUCAUCAAGUAGAAGCCAAACCGUCUGUCUAUUUCAUCAAGUUUGAUGAUGAUUUCCAUAUUUAUGUCUACGAUUUGAUGAAAACAUCCUAGAUGUCAUCACAAACUUUGCCAAAUUUGUGGAACUAUUAAAUGUAUAAUUUGUAGACAUAAAGACUUGAUUGCUUUCCA